AUGCGCUUUGAGCCAAACAAGUGCAAGAUAAUGCGCGUAACUCGAAAAACCACCCACAAGAUCACUUAUCAAUACACUAUGGAACACACGAGUCUGGAAUCUGUCCAGGCCAUGAAAUAUCUUGGAGUAACGAUAUCAGAUGACCUUAGAUGGAACCGCCAUGUAGCAGAUAUAACAGGCCGUGCUAACAAACUUCUCGGUCUCCUUAGACGGAACCUUUCAACAUGUGAUAGAAGAGUAAAAGAGGCACCCUACCUUGGCCUAGUAAGACCAUUACUCGAGUAUGCGAGCCAACCAUGGGAUCCAUAUACGGAUAACCUAUCAAACGAGAUCAAAAAGAUACAGAGACGCGCUGCGCGUUUUGUAACAUCUGAUUACCAGAAUUAUGAUCAUGGAAGUGUCGCUACGCUUUUAAAGGACCUCGGUUGGAAGUCUCUAAAGAACAGGAGAGAAGUAGACAGACUCUGUCUUCUCAAAAAGGGAUUAGAUAACAACGCAAUCCUGCCCCUGGAUGAAUUAUCAAAGCCGGCCAGAGAGACGAGACAUAUGCACAAUAGAUAUUACACCACAAUUUAUGCCCGCACUAACAUAUUCAAAUUCAGUUUUGUGCCACGCACGAUUAGAGAUUGGAAUAAUUUACCACACAUUGUUGUAGAAAUUGCGCACGAUGCUAAGUUCCGCAAAUUAUUGUUAUUUACGAUUCUCUAG